UGUAAACACACACAGAGCUUUCUAAACUCUGGAAUAACGACAUUUUUCUAGCAGUCCGUGUGUAAGGAUAUCUUGUUUCAAAAUGUCCGUCAAAUUUAGGAUACCAAGUCCAGAGAAAAUGAACGACGAAGGACCGAACCUUAAAGACAAUUCUCGACCGAUGUUUGCUCGUCCGUCAUGUUCCAUCGGGUUAUAUAUCGACGCCCUCGAUGCGCGACCAAACAGCAAGACCACCGUGGGUUCGAACCACGCCUUCAUGAUGGACGUCAUGGACAAGAUGCUCGACCACCUGCGGACCGUUGACCUGGCGAAGGUCAAGGGAGCACUGGAUGCGAAGCGUGUAGCAGACGGUGUGGUGCUGGAAGGCUUCAAACAUGGGUGUGUUUUGUCUGUAACUUUUGACACCGUCAAAGCCUUAGAGGGACUGUGGACACUGCACCAGAAAGGCAAGCUCUCGCCGAUAUUCCAGGAAAUUCUUGUAGACAAGGAAGUGUUGAAGUCAACUAGCACAGUCAAGUUGACUGUUCGAGUCAGGUUGUGGGAAGAUGAGUUCACGGCCUGCAGGAUAGAACUCACCAAUAGACCGCAGACACGAUUAAAGCUCGCUAACUUUGAAAACGACCUGUCCAUGGUCCAGAGGUUAAAGACCCAGCAGCAGACGAUGCCAGAUCUGCUCACCAAAGCCAGGGACUUUGAGAGCAGCUUUGAGCACAACCUAGGCGAGUUCAUGCUGACCGUGAAGAAGACCCUGCCCCAAACGACGACCGUCAUCCGAAACAUCAAAGAGUUCUCCACACAUGUGAAGGUGGCUAAAGGGGUCAAGACAGCUGGGUUUGAGAAUAUUGACCAUUUCCUCAAGGCUGUGGAGUUUUACUCUAAAGCCUUCUCUGAAGUCCAGAAGAACAUUGUAUUCCCACUGUGUCAGGUCCGCGCAGCCUGCGAAAACGACAAGCAACACAAUCUGAAGAAAACUAUCAAAGACGCAUGCGCAGAGAUGAUGGCGCACCUCAAACCGGAAGCGGAUCUUGAAAAAGUUCGGUACAAGGAAUGGGAGAUGAAAGUUCUGAAGAGGGAGCAGGGAUUGUUCUACGGAUUAAUUAGUCUUAUACCGCUGUGUCUUGACAGACUUAUCACCAUUGAUGUCAGCAUGGAUGAAUACAUCACAGACUAUGCCGAAAUGGCGCAAUGAAAAUUAAAUCUACUGUUAUCUUAAUUAUUAAUAUUGA